CCUCUGGAGCAGCCACGCCCUCGGAGGUCUGUGGAGGGGCCAGGCCAGGUCUGGAACUGGUUGAGUGCAGUCAUGGAGGUGGCUCUGGAACAGUUCUUCAUCUUUGUAGGGCUGCUGGUGUGCCUGGUGUACCUGGUGAAGUGUGUGAGAUUCUCCAGAUAUAUUUUCUGGCACUUCCGGAAAGUUUUGCCAAAGUCUUUCUUGAAGUCAAUGGGACAAUGGGCAGUGAUCACUGGAGCAGGAGAUGGGAUUGGAAAAGCAUAUUCAUUUGAGCUAGCAAGACAAGGACUCAAUGUUGUGCUUAUCAGCCGGACACUUAAAAAACUACAGGCCGCUGCCGCAGAGAUUGAGCGCACUACGGGGAGUAAUGUGAAGAUUAUACAAGCAGAUUUUACCAAAGACAACAUCUAUGAGUAUAUUAGAGAAAGACUUAAAGGCUUAGAAAUUGGAAUUUUAGUCAACAAUGUCGGAAUGCUUCCAAACCUUCUCCCGAGCCACUUCCUUGAUACACCAGAUGAAAUCCAGAGUCUCAUCCACUGUAACAUCACCUCAGUAGUGAAGAUGACACAGCUAAUUCUGAAACAGAUGGAAUCAAGGCAGAAAGGCCUUAUCUUGAACAUUUCUUCUGGGGUGGCCCUCUUUCCCUGGCCUCUCUACUCCAUGUAUUCGGCCUCCAAGGCUUUUGUGUGCACAUUUUCCAAGGCACUGCAAGCCGAAUAUAGAAGGAAAGGAAUCAUUAUCCAGGUGCUGACCCCAUAUGCUGUUUCCACCCCAAUGACGAAGUAUCUACACACCAACAUGGUAACCAAGACCGCCAAUGACUUUGUUAAGGAAUCACUGAAUUACGUCACAAUUGGAGAUGAAACCUGUGGUUGCCUCACCCACGAACUCUUGAAGCCAUCUUUGGCCCCCUGCUUUGAAGUAUCUCAAUGAGUGCAAGAGUUUGAGAAUCUGAGCUGUCUGAAGAAUAGGAACACUCCCUGAAAAGCUCAUAUUUUCCUCUGGUUGAAAUCCUGUUGUUCAGUGGGGAGUAGGUAGGUUGAGGAAUGUUGGAUGCACAGGAUUACACUGUGGACAGAAUGACUGCUUCUGGGUCCUGGACCUUACAGGACAUGGGUAUGAUUUGAGGGCAAAAGGUCUUCCAACGCCUGUGCCUACUGCCUGAUGUGCAUCCAACUAAGCAUUCAUGCCCCCCACGAUGCCCCCCUCCACCUUUCCAAGCAAAUGUUCAAUGUUGGUGAUUUAUACUUUGCUGUGUCUGACUUUUGUUCAUGAACUCAUUGAUGCAUUUGUGUAUUUGCUUAGUGCCUACUCUGCCUCAGGCAUUGUGCCAGGUGGUAAAAGCAUUUCUGGUUGUUCUCUGGAAUCUCAUUUUAGUAGAACCUUGGUAAAAAGAACAUGAAGACACUGGGAGAUUGAACAGUAGGAAGACGAAGUACUUGCUAAGAGAAGGAGAAAGGGGGGUAGGGUGUUACUCGGGGCACAGUUCUCUUAAUUUAAACUUCCUUGGGGCUGAUUCUACAAGUGACUGUUUUGGUUUCUGAGAAAACCUUGUUUGCUGAGAAAGGUCAUAAGACCUUUAAAUUUUAGCAUGCACUUAAAAGAUUUUGAGACUUAAGUUCAGCAGUCAGAAAAAUAUUUUUAAAGAUGAUGAAUAUACACUGAGCUGUUUCCUUCUAACUUGCUUGCUCUUCUUUCUUCCCCAAAUACUCAUGUUUUUGUCUAUUUAAGCGGAGCUUCCUGAGCCUGAUCCCAUCAUGGGUUUUGUACAGCAGCACAUUCCAGAAGAAAUACAUGGACUACCUCAAGCAGAAUACCAACACCA